GAUCAAAUCUCAGUCCAUUCUCUGUUGGUCUCCCCUUUCUGUGGGGAGAUCAUGAAUGUGCCUACAUGUGGAAUGCCCCACAGCACAUGAGAGAGCUUUGGGGGCUCCUGCUCCCAGGUAUUUGUGGAUCCAAAAAAAGGCUCUCAAGUCCAAGGGAACAAACAGCUGGGAGUGGUGGCUGUGCUGGCAGAGGCUGCCCCUUGCUGACAUGGCACUUCUCGGGGUGGCGGGGGACGAUGGCAGUGGAGGGGACAGGCCAGGCUGCCAGCAGGUGGGCUGAUGCUGGCCAGCCCCCUCUGCACAGGUUUCCCCCCAGGACCAUGCUGAACGUGCUGCUGCUGUGCUGUGGGCUGCUGCAGGGGAUCCAGGCUGUCCUGGAUCUCAGGACUGCUGACCUCAGCUGUGGGCACCUGCAGAGGGCGAGCGGCGGGCUGGAGCGGGUGGACAGAGCCCGCCCGGCCGGCCCGCAGCGGAAAGGGAAGGAGGCGUCUGCAGAGCCGGCAGGAGCUCUCCCAAGGCUGGGGUUUGAGCAGAUGGCCCUGGGGAUCCAUGAAGCUGAUGGUGACCUUGUGCAGAGAGGCAGCCUGCUGGAACCACAGGCAUCAUCCACAGAACUGCAAGCUGAGGGCCGAGAGGAGCGCUCCCCCCGCCGCUGUGUCCGGCUCCUGGAGUCCUGCCUGGGCCACCAGAUCCCCUGCUGUGACCCCUGUGCCACCUGCUACUGCCGCUUCUUCAACGCCUUCUGCUACUGCAGGAAAAUCAGCACCAGCUUCCCCUGCGGCAAGAACUAGCGCCCCAGGGGCUGCCAGCUGCUCGCCCCUGUGUGUGCCUCCUCCUCCGCAGCUCCAAUAAACCAGCCCUUUGCAAAAGCCACUGCAGAGUGGGAACGGUGUGAGGUGUCUCGGGCUCUCCGGGGGGUGGCAGCAAGGUGAGGGUGGCCUGUGCACAGCCGGGCAGUGUCCACACCCCAGGGCACACCCACGGCAAACCUGAUGUGCCUUUCCUGGAUCUGUAAGUGCUGUUUCAGCAGCAGGGCACCCCAGGUGAUGUUCUGGCUAUGCUGCUGUUACCCACAAAGUCGGGCUCGCUCCUCGGUGUGCCCCGAGCCGAUAGUGACACGCUCCAGAGAGACACCGAUGGUUGAUUUCAGAGCUGCCCCAGCCUGGGUGCUCGGUGCUACUCCACAAACCCAGCACGCCCCGCCAGGCUUUCUGUGCCAUUAUUUACACAGAGAAGUUCAGGGUUAGUGACUUCCUGAGCACAGCGCCUCUGAUAAGAUUGGUUAGUAAUUUCCAUAGAAAUCGCAUUACUCCAGAUAACUUCUACUCGUGCUCAGGGGAAGGACCUUCAUCUCAACCGGGUCCUUUUGACCCUGCAGUGUGAUUGUUAGUGUUAAAAUGAAGACAGCUCAGCCAUAGGAUACACGGACCUGGAGUAUUUCGCCAGGUUAACAACAUACAUGUAGACAUACAUCACCAUCUUGACUUACUCCAUCCUUAAAGCUUGUUCUGGGAUAUUCUGGAGUGAGGGGUGCUGGCUGCUGCCUGCUCCACUGAUUAGGUCUCCUUUCUUCCUGAUAGGUUUAAAAGUACACAGAGGUCUUACAUCAGAGAACAUCUUGCCUUAAUAUAACCUUGACAUACCCCACAUUUUGCAACACCUUUACAUCGAACAAAACGAUUUCAUUUUUGCGCAGAGCAGCUGCUGGCAAAGCCCUUUAACUGGCUAGGUAUUUCCUGACUAACAGAAGUUAGCAGUAGGCGACACCGCGAACUUUACGUGUGCAUCCUCCUUGUGCCUGUACCGCUCACGGUGGAGUGAGGGGGGCUCACGCU